UUCAUCCUGAACUAUGGCAAUGAGAAAAUCUCUUCUACUACUAAUCUUAUUGUUCAGCUUGGAAUUAACUGUAGAAAGCAGUUCAUGGAGAAGAAAAGAGCUCAUGAGUAGAAGAGGAGCAACCGGCAUCACUACAAAACUGAGGAAAUAUUUGUCUUCUGAUGAUGGUACAUGCAAGUCAAGGGUGGAGAUCUUUGGUUAUCCAUGCGAGAAUCACUCGGUCACAACAAAAGAUGGAUACAUGCUUAGCUUGCAAAGAAUUCCUGGUGGGAGGACAGGUGAUUCCUCCAAAGGCAACAAAGGCCCUGUUUUGCUACAACAUGGCCUUUUCAUGGAUGGCUUCGCAUGGCUGGUGAACUCGCCAAAUCAGUCAUUAGGAUAUAUUCUUGCGGAUCAUGGCUAUGAUGUAUGGCUCGCAAAUGGUAGAGGAACUGUUUAUAGUCUGGGACACACUUCUCUCUCUUCAAGUGAUUCAGCUUAUUGGGAUUGGUCAUGGGAUGAACUAGCAGCCUAUGAUCUUCCUGCCACAAUUGAUUAUGUGUACCAACAAGCAGGUCAUCAAAAAAUCCAUUAUGUUGGGCACUCUCAGGGAACUUUAACUGUUCUGGCAUCAGUCAGUGAACAAAAUCUAGUUAACAGACUAAGGUCUGCUGCCUUGCUUUGUCCAAUAGCUUAUUUGAAUCAAAUUCCAUCAUUAUUCAUGCAUGCAGCUGCCAGAAUUUAUCUUGGAGAACAACUUUACUGGCUGGGCAUUGCUCAACUAAAUCCAACUAGAUCAGCAGUGAAAACAUUUUUGGAGACGGUCUGUUUGUUUACAGGAUUUGACUGCUAUGACUUGCUAACAUUAAUCACAGGUAAAAACUGCUGCCUGAACUCAUCAUCUGUUCAAUUGUUUUUGGACCAUGCUCUGCAGUCAACUUCAACGAAGAACAUUGUUCACUUAUCUCAGACAAUGAGAAGCGCCAUGUUGACAAAAUAUGACUACGACGAUGAAGCAAAGAACAUGGCGCAUUAUGGCCAGAAAACCGCUCCAGCGUACAAUAUGUCGCGCAUUCCAAAUGAUUUUCCGCUCUUUAUGAGCUACGGGAAAGAAGAUUUGCUUGCGGAUGUGAAUGAUGUGGCGCAUCUUUUGGAAAUCAUUGAUCAUCAUAAUAGAAAUAAUUUGACCGUCCAAUUGUUGGGGGAUUAUGCACAUAUGGAUUUUAUAAUGGCUGAAAACGCCAGCCAGCUUGUUUAUCAGCCUCUCAUGGAUUUCUUCAAUCGUUAUUGAGAUUUUGUUUGUGACGCUUUCUUACUGCUUCUUGAAGCAACUUUUUAGUUAUUUUUUUAUACUAGAAAGCUACUUUAAGAAGCAAGUAAGAAAGUCGUCCCAAAAGAAGCAUGAAUGUCAUUUUGGUUUGACAUUUUUAGAAGUGCAAAUGUAGAAGAUGAGCAAAGUUUUUUUUUUUACUGAUAAAUUUAAUAGAAAUUUUUUAGGUUAUGAUUUUUUUUUUUUGAAUUGAUAAAAUUACGGCAAAUUUGUCUUUAUAUGCUACAUAAUUUUGUAAUUGGAGAAAUAUAGUUGAU